UCUUUCUUCUUCUUCGUUAUUUGACUCUCUCCCUCUGCAACACUUCAUAUAAAUUUGUUUGAACGCCAUUUUUGAAAAAGAUGGUCAUCAUUGGAGCUAAAAGAUCGUGGUAAAGAGCGUUAGUUCGAUUUAAUGUUUUUGUGUAGAAAAAGGGUUCUCUUUCGUAACAUUAAAAUCUUACUUCUUUUUCCCAUCAUUUAUAAUAGCUAGCCUUUUGAAUUAUUUUUCACUCUUUUCCUUUUUGGGCAUUCUAGUUUUCUCAGUUUCAGAUCUGGGAUUGUUUCCAUUUUCGUGUUUUGAGAGGUUUGGGCAGUGAGGAAGUGUAAUACUUGUUUUAGUUCUCUUUGAGGGAGAGAGAGAGAGAGAGAGAGAGAGAAUGGGAAAGGUGAUGAGCGAGAAAGAUGAAGAGCUGGCGUUGUUCUUCGAGAUGAGAAGACUGGAGAAAGAGAACGAAGCGAAUAACAGUCUUCUUCUUCAGCUUCCAAACGACAAUAGUAACUCUGAUGAACUCGAUGAUCAUCUUCUUGAAUCAAAUAAUACCCAAAAUUUGCCAAUUUCAAAGAGUGUCUCGUCUAUGCCGCCGCAGCGAAAGAGCCGAGUUGAGGAAUUUUUGAAUUCAGAAAAUGAUAAAUCUGAUUACGAUUGGCUUCUUACACCCCCUGGUACCCCACUGCUGCCUUCUUUGGAGAUGGGCUUACAGAGAAGUGCAACAAGUCAGGUUGAGAAUUCGUCAUCUCGUCCCACUGCCCUGAGGUCGAGGCCAGCAAAUAUCCAGGUGGAGCCUGCUUUAAGGAGAAAUGUAGCAUCUAAAAAUCCAAAUUUGCCAUUUGAAAAAAAUUCUUCCUCUACUGGAAACAGAAGGCCCUCGUCAUCUGAGGGACCAAAAACUGUGACUCGGAGAUCAGCAACUCCAACUGGACGGCCUACAUUACCAUUAACAACCAAACCCUCAAGAUCAUCUACACCAAGUUCACGGGCCUCCUUUCCUUCCACUAAGAAUGUGGCUCCUCAAGCUAGGUCUUCAACUCCAGCCAUGCCCUCUGCUCGGUCCUCAACUCCAACUAUGUCCUCUGCUCGGUCCUCAACUCCAACUAUGUCCUCUGCUCGGUCCUCAACUCCAACUAUGUCUUCUGCUCGGUCUUCAACUCCAACUAGGCCCUCUGCUCGGUCUUCAACUCCAACUAGGUCCUCUGCUCGGUCUUCGACACCAACUGCCAGACCUGCAUUUCCUGCUUCCAAGUCAACGGCAAGAUCAGCAACCCCAACACAUCAGCCAUCAACCUCACUAAAUGCACCUGGUGUAUCUGCUCCAACAGGUCGAGCUUCUUCAGUGUCCAAGUUACGUUCCACGAGUUCAAAAAGUUCAGUGCCUUCAUGUGGCCCUUCACCUAUAGUAAAAUCAAGGCCUUGGAAACCCUCUGAGAUGCCUGGUCUCACUGUUAAUGCUCCCCCUAAUUUAAAGACAUCAUUGCCAGAAAGACCAGCUUCUGCCUCUAGGGUACGGCCGGUAGUACCUGUUGUUAAAUCGACAUCUACUGUGUCUGGUGCUAACGGAAGAAUAAGACAGCAAUCAUGUUCUCCAUCUAGGGGACGGGCUUCACAUAGUAAUGCUGCUACUAGUAAUGGGAACUUCAAUAAGCAUAUGAGUAAAUCUAGCUGCGGUGACAAUGAUGAAGUUAGUCCUGUUGUUAUUGGAACACAGAUGGUUGAAAGAGUUGUAAACAUGAGGAAACUGGCACCACCAAAGCGAGAUAACGAUCACUCCCAUAAUUAUUCUUCUGGGAAGUCUCAGUCUUCAGACAGCUUAGGCUUUGGAAGGUCACUUUCAAAGAAGUCCCUGGAUAUGGCUUUAAGACAUAUGGAUAUAAGGCGAAGCAUGCAAGGUAGUAGCUUACGACCACUCGUGACGGCUAUUCCAGCUUCAUCCAUGUAUAGUAUCCGAUCAGGACCAACAAAAAGCAGGACAAUAAGCAAUUCAGGUUCUCCUCAUGCUACAAGCAGCAACGCAAGCUCUGAACCAAGUGUCAACAACGCUUCUGGUUGUUUAGAUGGGAGCGACAUUGAAGGUUAUGACGUUGGAAGUGAUCAAGGAAACUCUUAUUCCGCGAGCCGCCAUUUUUAGGUAACAUGGGACUAUUAGCCUCUUACGAGGUCUUAUAAUGCUUAUCACUACUGCUAAGUCAAGUUAUUUUAGUUUAUGAUUUGUCAGAAAGCUUGCUGGUUCAUUGUUAUAAUAUAAAAGCAUCUUUCUGCUGGUAGUGAGACAAGAGUCACUUGUUUGAUGAACUAUUUAUUUGUGGGUUCAUCGUUAAACUGCUCUUUACUCAAGCUUUUGACCUGUAAUGCCGUUCAUUAUCAAGUUGAAGAGCUCCUUCAGCUUUUGAUUUUCUGCAACUAAUACCCCCCACUAAGAUACUAUUCUGGGAUCUGGAAUAUAUGUUAGAGCAAUCUUUAAGCAUUUAUUUAAGAUGUUCAAAUUCAAAUUU